UUUUUUUUUCCCGACCCAUGGGUCCCGUUGUGAGUCAACCGGCAAUAUCUAGCUCUGUUUUCAUAAAAGAUUAUUAUUAUUAGUAUCUCAUUGGUGACAUAGGAACAUUCGGGUUAUGAGUAAGAGGCUCAUCAUUUUACACAGCCUCCUCUGUUGCUGACAUGAACUUCAGUUUUAUCGACUUGACUCCGUCCUUCGUCAAGAACAAGACUUCGAGCGAAGUAACCUCGAGGCAAUGCGAAAACACUGAUUCCGUACUUGAACAAUUUUCUUUGUCGAAACACGAUUAUUGAUAUAAAGCUUUGUCUCCUUCUCUAUGCCAAAGAGCAUCCAAUAUUACAUGAAAGAUAAGUCGCGAUCAUACCCAACUCACACAGCUUCAUUGACAGAAUGGCUCCCCCCUCUUUCUUCUCUAUAGCACCCUACAAAACUUUUAAGGGUGCAACAAUGCACUUGUUAGGAGCGUCCGACUUUGUGUCGAAUCAGUGACCAUGUUAUAGAACAAUCGUCUUCAACCCCUAGAUGGCUCAUGUAUACAAAUAACCCUUUGUAUCUAUUAUCCUGCCUGUCACCUCAAUGUACUCACAAUCAACUGAUUCUAGUAUAUAGGAAUAAUAACUGUCAUAUUUAUCUUCUGUUCUUUUUUUGUCUUUUCAGAGCAUUUGCCAGUACGUAGUCGUACACUUUCACUUUUCACUACACUCGGUCUAUCCACUUGGGUGGAUCAGAGAAUCAUCAUGGGGUGCGACUGCAGACGCCUCACUUCUCGCUACGCUUGUAGCCACAAGGAGCGAGAAUUCUAUAGGUGCUGGCGAUAUUAUUAUAAGAAGAAGGGUUCCUGUAUCGCCAUACUCUUCUCUGACUGUGAGAUAGAGCGCCAUGCGGUCAAAGUACCCCGGGUAUGUAACUCUUGCUACGAGUACUUUGUUACCAACUUUGGCGAGGUAGCCGCUCAUAAGGUCAGCCAGAAAUUCCUCGAGUAUAAAGAGUAUAGUGGGGUACACAAGGAUACUAUUGACCCUGCAACGAUCCCCCACGAGGCAUACGUUUCUCCAAAAGAGUUAUAUAAGAUGGGUGCUCCUCGAGCUGCUGCUGCCCUCCAACGGGCAACGUCCGGGAUGUCCAGCAGUUCGACAUCCGUAAACCGUCUGCACCCAUCCCCGCCUCCGCUAAGUCCCCCGGCACCAGUCAUUCCUCGUUCCCGACAUGGCGAUCGUGUUUCAAACCCCAUCAGCCGCUCGACAAAUCCUAUUCAAAGGCCACGAUCACAUAAUAGAAAUUCCAGAACCAACCUCACGAUAGAUGAGGCAGCGCGUCGGAAUGUUUUGCGCAAUAGGUAUUUGGAUGAUGGAUGGAGUACAGCAAAUAUGGCCGGGUGGCAAGAAGAAGAAGAAGAAGACCGUAUCGAUUCCCCAAGGACUAUAGAAUCUGAUGACAUGAAUGAUGACCGGGCCGUCCACGGCAAAACCGGGGAUCGCGCUCUGUACCAGCCAGAGCCUCGCCGUACCAGGCCUCCAAUCCAUGAGCAGCCAUCAUCCAGUUCACUUGUAUCGCGGAUUACCAAGGCGGCUGAGACUGUAAAAAUCCCAGGAUAUGCUCGUCCUUCCAGUAUUCGGAUUUUAGCCGCCCCUAAGAUCCCUACUUGGAGGCGCGAAGUCCGUUUUGCUGAUGAAGUGAUCGAGAAAGGUGAGAAACCUCGAAGAAAAACCCCCCUUUCUGCUCCUUAUGUAUCAAGCGUGUCCAUGGCUUCCCCGUCGCUCCCCCGGAGCAAGUCUGUCACUUACCUCCUAAGGACUCCAAAGUCUGCGGAUUCACUACAGGGCUCGCCGAACCGUCGAGUUUCACCGUGUUCCCCGCCUGUCCCUCCACCACGUACACCCCGAACAUCGCACUUCCGUGAGCACGGAAUUCCUACGCCCGCUUUCCUAGAAAAGGAGAAUAACGACAGUGAGAUGACAUUGACCCCCGGAACGCCUAACGACGUGCUGGUCUCUGUUAGCUUACCUUCGCCUAGCUUCUCGUGCGCGGUACAAUCUUGCUUUUGCAAACCCGGCGAGACUGAUGAAGCCAAGAAGUGUCCUAGUUGUCGCGCGAGGCGACGGCUAGAGCGCCGACUACAGAUGAAAUGGAUCUAAAAUAGACCUAAUCGAAGAAGGCGAGGCAAAAGGAAUCCCGUCUCUAGUAGAGACUAUGGCCCCUUAUCAUCAUCAAAUACGACCGCGGUAUAUACGGACAUGCUUGUACAUACGGAGGGUGAGUAUUCUUGGUUCUCUGGUUCCAUCUCCUGGUUUUUGGCCCAUCUGCUUCUAGGUUCGGGGGGAUAUCUCAAAAAAAGGUGAGUCUUCGGCUUAGAGUCGAGUCCAACGUACUGCUAGUUAUAAAUAUGCUACCCAGAGCAUAUUGCAUACGACAACUAGCAAUUCUCUCAUUUUCUGUUUCUGCUUUCUAAUUCUUACAAAUUAACUGUUUCGGGUAUGAUCUGGUAUCGUAUCUAAGUCUCUUGGAACAAUUAGAAUAGUCAAGUAUCUAUAGUAUUGACC